CUUAUUUUGAUUCAAUCUUUAUCUUCCACUUUUUUUCAGCUCCAGCCAAGUGGAGGCAGCUCUAGCUCUCCCAGCUCUCCAGCAGCAGCAACCCCACCCGCCAUCAGUGAGGUCGCCCAGCCCAAACCCUCAUCAUCAGACGCUCACCCUGCUUCAGACCCCAAACCUCAGGCUCCAGCUCCCAGUCCUUCACAGCCCCAACCUCAGGCUUCACCGGCCCCAGUUGAGGACGCCACUAAGGACACCACAACUACACCUGGAGCUACAACAAGCACCACCACAGCACCCGUUUCAGACAGGCAUUCACCAGCUACCCCACAGCCAGCCAGGACCCCGGGAAGCGAGGAGGGCAGGUCAGAGACGACGGAGCGGACAGAGGGCGUGGCAGACCAAGUAAAGAAAUCAACCUUAAACCCCAACGCUAAAGAAUUCAACCCCAUCAAACCUCAAAUGCCUAUGACAAAGCCCAACACUGCCCCCACCCCACCUCGGCCAACUCCUCCAAGCCCAGUGGUCCUUCAGCACCCAGGCGGACAGGGACCACUCUACAACACUCCCUACCUCUCCUACGUAUCACAGAUCCACUCUGUGCAGCCCCAACCAAUGUACCAGUACACCAUGUCUACAGUCAGCCAGGGAAAAUACCCCAGGACCAAAGGCUCAGUUGUGGCUCAGCGCUCUGACCAUGGUACUUCAGCACCGCCCAUGCUACAAGCUGCAGCGUCAGCAGCUGGGGCCCCGCUGGUAGCGUCCCCCUACCCUCAGUCCUACCUUCAGUACAAUCCACAGCAGUACGGCCAGCAGCAGGUCAUCCAGGCCAUGACGCCCUACCCUGGACAGCCGAUGUACUCCAUGCUGCAGGGUGGGGCCAGGAUGAUAGGUCAAGGUGGGGGUCCCCACCCACAAGCCUUGGGACCCCCAGGAGGCCCUCAGUUCUCUGCACAGGGAGACGGACCUCAGGGACCACAGCAGGGCAUCUACGCUCCACAGUCCUUCUCCCACCACUCGGGAGCAGUUCAUCAGCCCCAGCCUUCAAGUACCCCGACAGGCAACCAGCCCCCUCCCCAGCACGCUGCACCUAGUCCCGGACAGAACGCCCAGUCUGGCCCACAGCCCCAGUCCCUGUACCACUCAGGUCCCUUGUCAGCACCCACCCCACCCAACAUGCCACCAGGCCACACGUCUCCGCAAGGCUCUUACCCCAUUCAGGGCUACAGCAUCCACAGCCACCAGGGCAUCCCACCAACGUAUCCCCUGGGACAGAUAGCACAGGCCCAUGUACAGGGAGCCAUGUCAGGUCCCCACCACUCGGGGAGUCACGGUCAGCACCAGUUAGUGAUGUUGCAGCCACCUCCUCAGCAAGGCCCUGGCUCAGUGCCCCAGCAUCCCCAGCACGGACCACAGCAAGGAGCACACCAACACUUUUACAUCGGCCACCCACAAGCAAUGCAGGUACAGACGCACCCUGCUCCCUUCCAUCAGCCUGGAAACUAAUCCCCACCUGCCCUCCUCCCCACCUUCCCAACUGUUCUUAGGAAUGAGCCCCAACAUCCCCACUGCCUGCUGGAUGCGAGGCCCAGACUGAACGCGACUCACUAAAAACAAACCUGACAGGACCGUACAGAGGAGAGAAGAGGACAACAAGUCUCACAGCACCUUAUUCUUCUGCUGGAACAUUCUUCAUCAGUAUAAACCAGACUAGGACCUUUUCAAUGGUAAUGAUGAAGAUGGCAGACGACAGCAGCAGCAGCGCCCGAGCCCUGCUGCCAUCGUGCUCUUCUCUCAAACUUCUUCUCAUUUCAGAACCAUUAGGCACCUUGCUGGGUGGACCAGUCGGAGAGUUAAAAACAGCAGCAGACACUUCCAGCAGUGUGUUUUUAGCCUCCUGGGGUGUAAGUACCGCGACACAAACGGGAAACAGACUGUCGUGGGAUUCUCAUGAAUAUAGCAUGAAUGGACAGAUUUGAAGAGGAGAGGGGAUUUUUAGCAAACCUCCCCCGCCCCCCCCCCCGCACCCUUUUUAAAAAAACUAUCCUGUAGUUAAAACCAUCCCUUUGCUUCUUCUCUCCUGUAGGAAAAUAUAAUUAAUGAAAAAAAUGGACAAGACAAAAAAAAUAUUAAAACAACAAUGACCAAAAAAUAAAGUUUUCAACUCAACUUCAAAGCUUCCUUUGCUAAAUUUAUUGAAGCAUUAAUUGUAAGUAUUGCAGUUACAUUUUUUUGUCUGUGCUGCAUGAAGUAACAGCUAACAGCCAUGAUGAAGAGCGGAAAUUUAUUUUUCAUUAGACAAUAACAAGAACACAUUUAAUUUGAAGCUCGCUAAGCAUUUGCUAUUAUAUCAGGCUGACAAAACAAAGUAAUUACCUCCCAGGGGACUUUUUGUAUUCUCUUCACAUUCUCAUUAGCUUGGAUUCGUUUCACUCACUGGUGCAAUUCUCCAUGUUAAUUUAUAAUGGUCACUAGGGGGACCCCUCUUUAUACACCACACAGUCCUUGUUAUGGCAGAGAUGACUCCUCUUUGGGUUAGUGGGGCACUCUGCUUCCCCUUCAGGCUCCUAUGACACCACAGUUUGUGGCUUAGUGACAGGACUCUAGAUCGAUGUACUACAGACCGUGCCAACUAGCUCUAAUGUCAAUGUGUCAGAGUGUGCGGCCUACAUUCCUCUCAGUAGGGACACAUUCGGUCAGUAGAGCAGGCUGUGGUGACCUUCUCAGUGUGACAGGGCGUAGAGUUGCUCUGCACUAUGCUCCAGUCGGUCCCGGUACUCAAGGUUGGAGUAGUUGACUUCAGGGACCCCCUUGGUGCCAUAGAGUAGACCCCAGCAGCAGCAGGCAAUCACUGCUGUGCUAUCACUGUCACCUGGGCAAAAAGAAAACGAGAAAACUUGACAAACACAUUA